UAAAAGUGAGUGGUGAAGAAGCCUCACUGGACCAAUUUUACCGGAGAGAGAACCCAGGCCCAGGUCCCAGAUCCCCUCUCUCCUACCAAAACCAUCGUCUUUCCUUUCCUUUCUAGUUAGUCAAUCUUCGGUAGAAGAAAGAACUAUAACAAACAACUCCUCCAAAUCCCUCAAUCGCAUAUAAUUUUAACUUUCAAAUCAAUAUACAAAACACACGCGCGCGCGAGCAGCUACAAUCUUAAAAUGCCUUUCGGGACAGUAUUAGAGGUGGAACCGCCGAGCCCACUGAGAUACAUAAUCGGAGCUGCCAUCAUGAUGAUCGGAGUGGUAUUACCCGUUGGAUACAUGAUGUUCCGUACCAAACGUGUCCCUUCCUCUUCUUCUUACUCCAAACAGACGUAGGUAUAGGAACAAAGUUUUGAUAUAGAGAGAGAGAAUGAGAAUUGAGAGCUUUUGGAUUCGAUUUGCGGGUUGUUAGUGAAGAAGGUGAAAGAGAAAAAAAAAAAGGAUUUAACAGAUCUGCAAAGUGUAAAUGUAAAUGCAAUGAAACUCCAUUUCUGUUAUAUGGGUUGUUUAGAAAAUGAUAUGCAUACAUUUCAAUUCAAUAUUCCUUGUUGCCUGGAUUUCAAUGUGAGCUGAUUUGGAGUUUGACUUUGUACUUACAUUUCUUUACUGGGAUUAGAUUUUGUCCAUUUUUAUGUCUUGGCAUUUUUGAGUUACAAUAAUAUUGCCGUUCUCAUUAAACAA